UUAACUCCGUGUGACUUCAGCAGUGCACGUUAUUGUGCAGAAGAAUCUGAGCAGUGAAAAUGAGUGGUCGCGGCAAGGGAGGAAAAGGACUCGGUAAAGGAGGCGCUAAGCGUCACCGCAAAGUUCUCCGUGAUAACAUCCAGGGAAUCACCAAACCCGCUAUCCGCCGUCUGGCUCGCCGUGGUGGAGUGAAGCGUAUCUCCGGUCUGAUCUACGAGGAGACCCGCGGUGUGCUGAAGGUGUUCCUGGAGAAUGUCAUCCGUGAUGCCGUCACCUAUACCGAGCACGCCAAGAGGAAGACUGUGACCGCCAUGGAUGUGGUGUAUGCUCUGAAGAGGCAGGGCCGCACUCUGUACGGCUUCGGAGGUUAAACACUUAAUGUUUAUCACUGAAAAUCAAAGGCCCUUUUAAGGGCCACCCACAUUAAUUUGAAGAGCUCGUUUUCUGUUAUGAUUCUCGACCCUAGGCCUGCUACUCUGUAGGUCAGCGUCCGGUGAGCUGGCCAAGCACGCUGUGUCUGAGGGCACCAAGGCCGUCACCAAGUACACCAGCUCCAAGUAAACAGUCCUGAGAAAUAACCGACAACUCAAGGCUCUUAAGAGCCACCCAGUUUUUCUGAAGAGUUCUUCCUAUUGUCUUCAAAGUUUCAGUAACUGAAUCAAGAGUUUUUAUUUUUGGUCACAUGUCUUGAAGGAAAACUAGUCUGUAGGCCUACAAUAUCAAGAGGAUGCAGUCAUGUCCCACCUAAAUCACUGAACACAGUCUGUGUUCCUCCUGUAGCCUAUAUGUUAGAAUUUACCAGCAUCAACAUCCGCAUAUGCGCAUCCAUUGCGCAUAUGCGCAAAUGCGUCCCCUCGCGCAAAAUGUGCCCCCCCAUGGAAGACGAGGCCCUAAGCACAGCGCGUGUUCUGCGUUUAGGGAGGGGCGGCCCUGCAUCUGUAGAUCAAAAACCAUUCAGUGCUCUCAGAUAUAGAUACAGAUGACUUACUUUGGACAUACAUUUACUAUAGGUUACUGUGUAGGAGGUUAUGACUGUAACUAUACUGAUAAACCAGAACUGAUAAAGACUUAAACAACAGCCUAAACUUAAAUAUCAUUGAGCAUGAAACAAGUGCAUGAAACAAGUGAUUUCUGAGUAUAAGGAUGAAAAUUAGCUACACUGUUAUACAUCAUAACAUAACAAGCACUAGUUAGUAGUAGUUUUUCUUUUCUCUAUUUUUUUUUAACAGUUUAAUCUCUAAUAUUGAGAGUUAAGGUUAGAUUGGAGAUUUGUAUUUCUUCCUGGCACAUUCAUCACUGGAUCAUCACGAUUAUUUCAAUAAAUUAAGAUCAUGUUUACUGUGUUAUGUUGUUUGGAGCUAUGAGUAACAAUUACACCACUGAUUAUGAUUGCUUUUUUCUUCUUUUAUGACUGGUUGAUCACUUUUUGUUUUCAAUAAAGUGAGUGAUCACUUUCACUAAUCUUUACUGUUGAUUUAUUUAUUUAUUUAUAUGCCUAUUCUUGUGCUUAUUUACUAUGACAUUCAUCACAAAAGUUGUUUAAGUGAGCACAGUUGUGAUUCAACUCUACAGCAUCAUACAGCUACAACAAAGUCCACUCAUACAUGACAUGGUUAAAGAAAAAAAUCU